AAAAAACUCAGAAUUCAUUCAGUUCAAAAGAAUACAUGUUAACAAAUUAAAAGAAAUAACGUGAUAGAGCAAAAUGGGUAAAUGAUGUAAUAGGCAAGUGAUAUACCAUUGUUGUCUACCAGAUAGGUGAAACUACAAAAGAUUAAUAUUAUCAAGUGUUCAUAUGGGGGGAGGGGAGGAAACAAAAUAAGUUGAUCUGGUUUUCUUAGAGGGCAAUUUGGCAGUAUCAGUGAAAUUUUUUUUUUAAGUAAGCAUAUUCUUUAACCCAGAAAAUUCCUUUUUGGAUCUCUCCUAGAGAAGUACUUAUACAUGUGUACAAAAAGAUAUAUAUAUAUAUUUUUUGUUGUUGUUGUGACAUUAUAAUAGAAAUAAUCUUAGUUUGAUAAACUAUAAUGCACCCAUAUUAUGGAAUACUAAACAGCCAUUUUAAAAUGAUGAAGCAGAUUUUCAUUAUUUGAUAUAAUCUCCAAGGUGAAAUAUUACAUUAAAAAGUUACAGAAUAUAAAUAUUGUCUAUCAUUAGUUUAAAACACACAAAACCAUUCAUUCUUAUAUUCGUAUAUUCUCUCUCUCUCCUUCUCUGUCUCCACACACACAUAUCACGUAAAUAAAUAUACAGAAAGUGAUCUGGAAAUACACUCUCUAGUUAGGCUUAGAUCAUAGUAUUCCUGGGUAAUUAUAGGAAUGGGAAUGCAGUGGAUGUUGUUCUGUUGGACUUUAAAAAGUAUGUCAAUUGCAUGGAUCUUUUACAGAAGCACUGUAUGCCAGUAUUACUUGUGAAAUUAAAGUGGGGAGGGGGAAGAAUGCCAAAAGACCUGGGCAUGCAUUCACAACAGAAAGACCUAGUUGUGGCAGAUGACUCUUGAGAAGCUUGUCACAAACUGACAGAACAGUAUCUGCAGGAAGAGGUGGACUCAGAGCUGCCUCUAUAAUCUAGGGGCCCUUUGUUUCAAAGGGAGGAAAAAAGUGUCAUUAAAGGUACACAUAAAGCUUUUUCUUUUCUUCCAGGGUUUCCAUCCUGACUUGUCAUGUUUUUUAUGCACUAUUUCACAUUCAGAGUAAAGAACAAUUAAAAAUGUGAAUUAUCAGCAUGAAUUUUACUGUUUAUAUUGUGCAACACCAGUUUUAAAUGCAGAUUUCAGAAUAUUUAACUCAUGCAGAGUCACUGAAAUUACACAGUUUAUAUUUUGUGGCUUGUCCCUGGAGGAUGCCUCAAGCUGGCUAGAAGAGACUGAACACAGCCAGACUCGGGAAGGCUGGAAGGAGGGAGAGGAUCCCAUCCCCAGGCAGGGAAACAGCCCAGGGAACACUCUGGCCCUGGGGCCCUAGGGGAUUGGGGGUGGGUAAUCAGAGCAAGUACAGACCCUCAUAGGGCCCUGGGGUCCCACUAAUGUGUGCUGGGCCUGAUAGCUUGCUGUGAUGACAUUCAUGCAAACCUCCUGACCUAAAUGCCCUGCUGGGGACAGGGUCUGGGGACUUUGAGCCACGGGCCUAUUGCUGCAACUCACAGCAGAUGGUAACCACCAAGGAUCCUUAAACCUCCAUGACUGGAUCUGGAAUCCGGGCUGGGCCAAAGGCUUACCCUCACCAAGAGAUGGCCUCCAGCCAGGCAGCCACCAGACAGAAAGUGAUACUGCCUGUUUGGGGCUUUUGUGCACUCAAGAUGCUGUGGGUAUGCAUACUCAAACCCCACACCUUGCUUGGAUCCCUUUCAGCAGUGGCAGUGGAGCAGAGUGGGAGAGGACCAGCAGGGGUAUCAAGAGCUAUGGGAGCAGGAAGCUCAGAUACCCUCCUAGGAGGCGACAGGACCCUGUGAGAGCAGAGGCCCCAGUCCCCCAGUGUAUGCCUCAUUUUCCCAUUGACCUUCACUUACAAAACACAAAUCCAAAACGAAAGUCCUUAUGAUUCAAGACAGCAACCAUAUUAAACCCCAACUGCAAGCCCUUCUGCCCUGGGGUCUUGUACACCUGCAGUAGUGCACACCUUGGUAGGUAGCCUGGGGAGCCCUGUGUUUAACAUGGGAAACACUAAAGGAAGCUUGAAUUCUCAGAGGUAGAAUUCAUUAGCUAAUGACAGGAUGAAGAUGGUACAGAAAGAUGACACAGCUGAGAGGGUCAGCCCCCCAAGAUGGAAUUCGUAACCCUUGGGGGGAAGAUGGAGAGGAAAAGUGGAUGCCCAGAGUAGGCUUGUCAGUGUUUUGGCGGGAAAGGAAGGGAGUUUCUAUUCCUUAAUGUCUGUUUUCUCUGUGGAUUAUGAGAUGAGAUGUUUUGCCUGGGCUGGGGAGGGAGUCUUAAAGGAAUCACAGGAAAGUGUAGAACAGAGUGGAGGAGCUGUGAAGAAUGAAGGACAAACCGCUCAGAGAUGAGCCAGAGGCCUGUAUGCCAGUCAUGGAUGUAUGGAGCUUCCGACCUGCCUGGUUGUGCAAUAUUUGGGACCCUGAAAAAAGAAAGCUCCACCUUGCCCCAGUCAGAGAGCACAGCAAUGGAGGAAACAGCUAUAUGGGAACAACAUACAGUGACGCUUCACAGGGCUCCUGGAUUUGGAUUUGGAAUUGCAAUAUCUGGUGGACGAGAUAAUCCUCAUUUUCAGAGUGGGGAAACGUCAAUAGUGAUUUCAGAUGUGCUGAAAGGAGGACCAGCUGAAGGACAGCUACAGGAAAAUGACCGAGUUGCAAUGGUUAAUGGAGUUUCAAUGGAUAAUGUUGAACAUGCUUUUGCUGUUCAGCAACUAAGGAAAAGUGGGAAAAAUGCAAAAAUUACAAUUAGAAGGAAGAAGAAAGUUCAAAUACCAGUAAGUCGUCCUGAUCCUGAACCAGUAUCUGAUAACGAAGAAGAUAGUUAUGAUGAGGAAAUACAUGAUCCAAGAAGUGGCCGGAGUGGUGUGGUUAACAGAAGGAGUGAGAAGAUUUGGCCGAGGGAUAGAAGUGCAAGUAGAGAGAGGAGCUUGUCUCCGCGGUCAGACAGGCGGUCAGUGGCUUCCAGCCAGCCCGCUAAACCCACCAAAGUCACACUGGUGAAAUCCCGGAAAAAUGAAGAAUAUGGUCUUCGAUUGGCAAGCCAUAUAUUUGUUAAGGAAAUUUCACAAGAUAGUUUGGCAGCAAGAGACGGCAAUAUUCAAGAAGGUGAUGUUGUAUUGAAGAUAAAUGGUACUGUGACAGAAAAUAUGUCAUUGACAGAUGCAAAAACAUUGAUAGAAAGGUCUAAAGGCAAAUUAAAAAUGGUAGUUCAAAGAGAUGAACGGGCUACGCUACUGAACGUCCCUGAUCUUUCUGACAGCAUCCACUCUGCUAAUGCCUCCGAGAGAGACGACAUUUCAGAAAUCCAGUCACUGGCAUCAGAUCAUUCUGGCCGAUCACAUGAUAGGCCUCCCCGCCGCAGCCGGUCACGAUCUCCUGAUCAGCGGUCAGAGCCUUCUGAUCAUUCCAGACACUCACCGCAGCAGCCAAGCAAUGGCAGUCUCCGGAGUAGAGAUGAAGAGAGAAUUUCUAAACCUGGGGCUGUCUCAACUCCUGUAAAGCAUGCUGAUGAUCACACACCUAAAACAGUGGAAGAAGUUACAGUUGAAAGAAAUGAGAAACAAACACCUUCUCUUCCAGAACCAAAGCCUGUGUAUGCCCAAGUUGGGCAACCAGAUGUGGAUUUACCUGUCAGUCCAUCUGAUGGUGUCCUACCUAAUUCAACUCAUGAAGAUGGGAUUCUUCGGCCCAGCAUGAAAUUGGUAAAAUUCAGAAAAGGAGAUAGUGUGGGUUUGCGGCUGGCUGGUGGAAAUGAUGUUGGAAUAUUUGUAGCUGGCGUUCUAGAAGAUAGCCCUGCAGCCAAGGAAGGCUUAGAGGAAGGUGAUCAAAUUCUCAGGGUAAACAAUGUAGAUUUUACAAAUAUCAUAAGAGAAGAAGCCGUCCUUUUCCUGCUUGACCUCCCUAAAGGAGAAGAAGUGACCAUAUUGGCUCAGAAGAAGAAGGAUGUUUAUCGUCGCAUUGUAGAAUCAGAUGUAGGAGAUUCUUUCUAUAUUAGAACCCAUUUUGAAUAUGAAAAGGAAUCUCCCUAUGGACUUAGUUUUAACAAAGGAGAGGUGUUCCGUGUUGUGGAUACCUUGUACAAUGGAAAACUGGGCUCUUGGCUUGCUAUUCGAAUUGGCAAAAAUCAUAAGGAGGUAGAACGAGGCAUCAUCCCUAAUAAGAACAGAGCUGAGCAGCUAGCCAGUGUACAGUAUACACUUCCAAAAACAGCAGGCGGAGACCGUGCUGACUUCUGGAGAUUCCGAGGUCUUCGCAGCUCCAAGAGAAAUCUUCGAAAAAGCAGAGAGGAUUUGUCCGCUCAGCCUGUUCAAACAAAGUUUCCAGCUUAUGAAAGAGUGGUUCUUCGAGAAGCUGGAUUUCUGAGGCCUGUAACCAUUUUUGGACCAAUAGCUGAUGUUGCCAGAGAAAAGCUGGCAAGAGAAGAACCAGAUAUUUAUCAGAUUGCAAAGAGUGAACCACGAGAUGCUGGAACUGACCAACGUAGCUCUGGCAUUAUUCGCCUGCAUACAAUAAAGCAAAUCAUAGAUCAAGACAAACAUGCUUUAUUAGAUGUAACACCAAAUGCAGUUGAUCGUCUUAACUAUGCCCAGUGGUAUCCAAUUGUUGUAUUUCUUAACCCUGAUUCUAAGCAAGGAGUAAAAACAAUGAGAAUGAGGUUAUGUCCAGAAUCUCGGAAAAGUGCCAGGAAGUUAUAUGAGCGAUCUCAUAAACUUCGUAAAAAUAAUCACCAUCUUUUUACAACUACAAUUAACUUAAAUUCAAUGAAUGAUGGUUGGUAUGGUGCACUGAAAGAAGCAAUUCAACAACAGCAAAACCAGCUGGUGUGGGUUUCUGAGGGAAAGGCGGAUGGUGCUACAAGUGAUGACCUUGAUUUGCAUGAUGAUCGUCUGUCCUACCUGUCAGCUCCAGGUAGUGAAUACUCAAUGUAUAGCACGGACAGUAGACACACUUCUGACUAUGAAGACACAGACACAGAAGGCGGGGCCUACACUGAUCAAGAACUAGAUGAAACUCUUAAUGAUGAGGUUGGGACUCCACCGGAGUCUGCCAUUACACGGUCCUCUGAGCCUGUAAGAGAGGACUCCUCUGGAAUGCAUCAUGAAAACCAAACAUAUCCUCCUUACUCACCACAAGCGCAGCCACAACCAAUUCAUAGAAUAGACUCCCCUGGAUUUAAGCCAGCCUCUCAACAGAAAGCAGAAGCUUCAUCUCCAGUCCUUUACCUUUCGCCUGAAACAAACUCAGCAUCAUCAACCUCUGCCGUUAAUCAUAAUGUAAAUUUAACUAAUGUCAGACUGGAGGAGCCCACCCCAGCUCCUUCCACCUCUUACUCACCACAAGCUGAUUCUUUAAGAACACCAAGUACUGAGGCAGCUCACAUAAUGCUAAGAGAUCAAGAACCAUCAUUGUCGUCGCAUGUAGAUCCAACAAAGGUGUAUAGAAAGGAUCCAUAUCCCGAGGAAAUGAUGAGGCAGAACCAUGUUUUGAAACAGCCAGCCGUUGGUCACCCAGGGCACAGGCCAGACAAAGAGCCUAAUCUGACCUAUGAACCCCAACUCCCAUACAUAGAGAAACAAGCCAGCAGAGACCUUGAGCAGCCCACAUACAGAUACGAGUCCUCAAGCUAUACGGACCAGUUUUCUCGAAACUAUGAACAUCGUCUGCGAUACGAAGAUCGCGUCCCCAUGUAUGAAGAACAGUGGUCAUAUUAUGAUGACAAACAGCCCUACGCAUCUCGGCCACCUUUUGAUAAUCAGCACUCUCGAGACCUUGACUCCAGACAGCAUCCCGAAGAGUCCUCAGAACGAGGGUACUUUCCACGUUUUGAAGAGCCAGCCCCUCUGUCCUAUGACAGCAGACAACGUUACGAACAGGCACCUAGAGCAUCCGCCCUGCGGCACGAAGAGCAGCCAGCUCCUGGGUAUGACACGCAUGGUAGACUCAGACCGGAAGCCCAGUCCCACCCUUCAGCAGGGCCCAAGCCCACAGAGUCCAAGCAGUAUUUUGAGCAGUAUUCACGCAGUUACGAGCAAGUACCACCCCAAGGAUUUACCUCUAGAGCAGGUCAUUUUGAGCCUCUCCAUGGUGCUGCAGCUGUCCCUCCACUGAUACCUUCAUCUCAGCAUAAACCAGAAGCUCUGCCUUCAAAUACCAAACCACUGCCUCCACCCCCAACUCAAACCGAAGAAGAGGAAGAUCCAGCAAUGAAGCCACAGUCUGUACUCACCAGAGUUAAGAUGUUUGAAAACAAAAGAUCUGCAUCCUUAGAAACCAAGAAAGAUGUAAAUGACACUGCCAGUUUUAAGCCUCAAGAAGUAGCAUCUAAACCUUCAGGUGCUCCCAUCAUUGGUCCCAAACCCACUUCUCAGAAUCAAUUCAGUGAACAUGACAAAACUCUGUACAGGAUCCCAGAACCUCAAAAACCUCAACUGAAGCCACCUGAAGAUAUCGUUCGGUCAAAUCAUUAUGACCCUGAAGAAGAUGAAGAAUAUUAUCGAAAACAGCUGUCAUACUUUGACCGAAGAAGUUUUGAGAAUAAGCCUCCUGCACACAUUGCCGCCAGCCAUCUCUCUGAGCCUGCAAAGUCAGCUCAUUCUCAGAAUCAAUCAAAUUUUUCUAGUUAUUCUUCAAAGGGAAAGCCUCCAGAAGCUGAUGGUGUGGAUAGAUCAUUUGGCGAGAAACGCUAUGAACCUAUCCAGACCACUCCCCCUCCUCCUCCAUUGCCCUCGCAGUACGCCCAGCCAUCUCAGCCUGUCACCAGCGCGUCUCUCCACAUACAUUCUAAGGGAGCACAUGGUGAAGGUAAUUCAGUGUCAUUGGAUUUUCAGAAUUCCUUAGUGUCCAGACCAGACCCACCUCCAUCUCAGAAUAAGCCAGCGGCAACUUUCAGACCACCAAACCGAGAAGAUACUGCUCAGCCAGCUUUCUAUCCCCAGAAAAGUUUUCCAGAUAAAGCCCCAGUUAAUGGAACCGAACAGACUCAGAAAACAGUCACUCCAGCAUACAAUCGAUUCACACCAAAACCAUAUACAAGUUCUGCCCGACCAUUUGAACGCAAGUUUGAAAGUCCUAAAUUCAAUCACAAUCUUCUGCCAAGUGAAACUGCACAUAAACCUGACUUGUCUUCAAAAACUCCCACUUCUCCAAAAACUCUUGUGAAAUCGCACAGUUUGACACAGCCUCCUGAAUUUGACAGUGGAGUUGAAACUUUUUCUAUCCAUGCAGAGAAGCCUAAAUAUCAAAUAAAUAAUAUCAGCACAGUGUCUAAAGCUAUUCCUGUGAGUCCUUCAGCUGUGGAAGAGGAUGAAGAUGAAGAUGGUCAUACUGUGGUGGCCACAGCCCGAGGCAUAUUUAACAGCAAUGGUGGCGUGCUGAGUUCCAUAGAAACUGGCGUUAGUAUAAUUAUCCCUCAAGGAGCCAUUCCCGAAGGAGUUGAGCAGGAAAUCUAUUUCAAGGUCUGCCGAGACAACAGCAUCCUCCCACCUUUAGAUAAAGAGAAAGGUGAAACACUGCUGAGUCCUCUGGUGAUGUGUGGUCCCCACGGCCUCAAGUUCCUGAAGCCUGUGGAGCUGCGCCUACCACAUUGUGCGUCCAUGACUCCUGACGGUUGGUCUUUUGCUCUAAAAUCAUCCGACUCCUCGUCGGGUGACCCUAAAACCUGGCAAAACAAGUGUCUUCCCGGAGAUCCAAAUUAUCUCGUUGGAGCAAACUGUGUUUCUGUCCUUAUUGACCACUUUUAACUCUUGAAAUAUAGGAACUUGAUUAAAUAAUGUGAAACUGGAUUAAACUUAAUCUAAAUGGAACCACUCUAUCAAGUAUUACACCUUUUUUAGAGUUGAUACUGCAGUUUGUUAGUAUGAAGCAUUUGUUUGAACUGAUAAAGAUGAGUGAGCAUGCCCCUGAACCAUGGUCGGAAAACAUGCUACACACUGCAUGUUUGUGAUUGACGGGACUGUUGGUAUUGGCUAGAGGUUCAAAGAUAUUUUGCUUUGUGAUUUUUGUAAUUUUUUUUUAUCAUCACUGCUUAACUUCACAUAUUGAUUUCCGUUAAAAUACCAGCCAGUAAAUGGGGGUGCAUUUGAGGUCUGUUCUUUCCAAAGUACACUGUUUCAAACUUUACUGUGGCCCUGGCCUAGCAUACAUACACAUUUUAUUUUAUUAUGCAUGAAGUAAUAUGCACACAUUUUUUAAAUGCACCUGGAAUAUAUAACCAGUGUUGUGGAUUUAACAGAAAUGUACAGCAAGAAGAUUUAUAACUGGGGGAGGGUGAAGUGAAGACAAUGACUUAUUGUAUAUGAAAACACAUUUUUCUUAGGGAAGGAUACAAAAACAUGUGAGACUGGUUCCAUGGCCUCUUCAGAUCUCUAACUUCACCAUAUUACCACAGACAUACUAACCAGCAGGAAUGCCUUACCCUCAUGUUCUUAAUUCUUAGCUCAUUCUCGCUGUGUUACUAAGUUUUUAUGGCUUUUGUGCAUUAUCUAGAUACUGUAUCAUGACAAAGACUGAGUACAUUGUGCAUUUGGUGGUUUCAGAAAUGUGUUAUCACCCAGAAGAAAAUAGUGGUGUGAUUUGGGGAUUUUUUUUUUUUUUUUUUUUUGACAGGGGGCAGUGGUGGUUUUCUGUUCUUUCUGGCUAUGCAUUUGAAAAUUUUGAUGUUUUAAGGAUGCUUGUACAUAAUGCGUGCAUACCACUUUUGUUCUUGGUUUGUAAAUUAACUUUUAUAAACUUUACCUUUUUUAUACAUAAACAAAACCACGUUUCUAAAGGCUACCUUUGUAUUCUCUCCUGUACCUCUUGAGCCUUGAACUUUGACCUCUGCAGCAAUAAAGCAGCGUUUCUAUGACACAUGCAAGGUCAUUUUUUUUAAGAAAAAGGAUGCACAGAGUUGUUACAUUUUUAAGUGCUGCAUUUAAAAGAUACAGUUACUCAGAAUUCUCUAGUUUGAUUAAAUUCUUGCAAAGUAUCCCUACUGUAAUUUGUGAUACAA